UCACUUUGGACCCGGUACGAGCCACGUGGGGAACCUUCACUUUCGCCUGAACAUAACUGCUCAAAACCAGCUGGGCAGGGCGGAGUCUGUGAACCUUGUAAACCCCAUUAACUAUGUGAAACCGGCUCCUGUCCGCAACCUGCGUGUCAUAGGUCGGAGGUCAGCAUCUGUGUCCUUGUCCUGGAGUAACCCUGCGAGCCUGAGCCACUUCGCCCUCCUGUACCAGGCAUGGUACCGCUCAGAGUGGGACAGCACAAUGAAGUACGUAAACCUGAGCCAGACGACACAUGGGGACCUCACCGACCUGAGUCCCUUCACGACGUACGACAUCUGUGUCCGAGCCCACCCUGUCCAGCUGGACGCCAGCACCGGAGACAUCAUCGGUACAGAGGGAUACUGGAGCGACUGUCCAGAACUGCUCAUCUCCGUGCAGACACACAAGGCUCCCCCUGUGGGGACUGUUCCUGCCUGGCUACAUGUCACUCCAAGCAGCCAUCUAGGAAUCAGGAAUGUCAUCGUUUACUGGAAGGAGUUGCCUCAGAGAGACCAGAAUGGGGUCAUCAAAGAUUACACUGUAGCAGUCGCCUCACGUGCCGAAAAUGGGCAUAUCACGCAGGAAAGUUACAGACUUCUUACCGUGUCGGGCGACAAGAGACACGUAAAUCUGACAUCGGCACUGCAGCUGAAGUCGGACACCUCCUACGUUAUCAAGGUUUACGCUUCCAAUGAACUGGGCAGAUCACAAGAUACCGUCCUACAACUACCACAAGAUGGCGAGGUGCCCACCAUUCAGGCUUCAACAAUCAACGUCAAUGUGACAUCGCCAACGUCUGUUACGUUGUCGUGGCAACAACCGGAGGAAACCCGUGUUCAACUCACUGGCUACAUCAUUUUUUGGAUGGCGUGGAAGUCGGAAAAUGGGAUGUACACGUGGGGGGAGCCAGACUGGCAGAGUGUGGUUGAUGACCAAGUGUUGGCCAGGACAAUGGCACAACAUGAGGUCUCGCGGGGGUUAGAAGGACGGACACGAUACAGGUUCGGGAUUGUGCUCAUCUCCAGAGAAGGUUUCGGGGAGACAACGGUUAUCAACGCGUACACUGAAGAGAUGGCUCCACGUGGCCAGGUAGAAGACCUCCACCUGUCCACAUCAGGGCCCACCUCCCUACAGCUGACCUGGGAGCCACUACCUCUGGAGUGGCGUGGAGGGAUCCUACAGGGGUACCAGGUGCAGUACUGCCCCCUGGUGGAAGGGAUUGGAACUGCAUGUGCAGAGGGAUCCACCAAGACAGUAAACAUCACGGGUGAGGAGACCGCAUCACUGAUCCUCCGGGGCCUGAGUCCAUUCACCAGGUACACGGUGAGGAUUGCAGCUGUGAACCGCCAGGGUUUGGGACAGUUCAGCGAUGCAUCUGUGCAAAUAACAGCUGAAUCAGCUCCAGAGGACCCUCCGACAGAUGUCCGUUUCUCACAAGUCACAGCGAGAGUUCUACAGUUAACCUGGGACCUGCCGAGGACACCCAACGGCAUCAUCACAUACUACAUGGCAGAGGUUAAUAGUGAUGUUCACCAGCUUGUAGAUGUUGACACGAUACCUGUGUACGGGAACACAAACUACACCGUUCGGCUGCAGGCCUGCACCACUGCUGGCUGUGGGCCCUUCUCAUCCAGUCACUCUGUCACUACACCUAUCGCUGCUCCAGAAGCUCCACCCUUACCAAUAGUAUCUGAGUUCAAGUCAUCACCAUCGACCGUUCACCUCCGUCCAGUCACUCCGGCCCAUCCAAAUGGCCCGAUUGACCACUACCUGGUGUCGUACAUGCAAAAGGACGAUCAAGGGAGAUCCCAGCCUCUUGUGCAGAGAGUGGAGGGGACAGCAGAGGCAGUUGUAGAGGUGGACUGUACCGAGAACAAAGCUGUUCUGUAUGAGUUCUGGGUACAGGCUGUCAACAGGGAUGAAGAGGGGAAACUGCUGCCGGGAGAUCCCAGUGAAAGGCUGGAAAGACAGAUGUGCCUGGUUCCAGUGGUGAGAGUUGAUGGCAUACCCGUUGCCAUAGUGAUCCCAGUUGUCGCUGGCAUCAUCAGCAUCAUUCUGGUCACUUCCCUGGUUUGGAAGAACAGACACAGGGUGAAGCGCAAACUCUUUCCUAAAGUUCCGGGUCCUGUCUUGUUUCUAGAGGAGGAUGGACCCUACUCUGCCUUGUAUGUCGUUACCGCUACCAAUAAACAUGAACCCGAGACUUGUGAUGACAUUUCUGACUUCCUAAGAGAAGGCGGUGAAGUGUCACUACUAACAGAUGGCUGUGACCAGCUAAAUAAUAAAGAUUCAAAGGAGGCAAGGCGAUCCGCUCCUAAGACACCUCUUGGUUCAAUGUCGUACGUCUCUCGGCAAGAGGACAGCUCACCCCCAUCUGUAAAUGGAGUAUCCCAAACUCCUGAAUGUCAUUCGCCAACUGGUAACCUUGAGAUGACGUCUUUGUGGGAUGUUGAAAAAACUCCCUGUAACAAAGACCAAACAAAAUCUCCGGCUGCGUAUGUCAGGGUGGUACCGGAGGGCGAAGAAGAGUUCUAUUGUGUAACAGGAACGUUGCUUGACAAGACGUUACCGGAAUCUGGCACACCGUAUGUCACUAAUCUGCCCUCUCCAUCACCAAAUAAUGGAGAAAAUGUAGAUCCUAAACCAGAGGCGGAUUUCUAUUGCGUGACAGGAACUUUUCAUGAUGGUACGUCCCCGCGGCUAACUGGACAGCAGGCAUCUCCAGUACCCAACGUGCCUUAUGUCACAAACAUUCCCUCCCCACCUUGUAGUGGCCAUAGCGUAGGUUCCGAACCAGACAGCAAAGAGCACUUUGGGUACCAAGCACGUCAUAGCCUUGAGUCACCCUGUGAGGAAAAGGAGGUGCUUUCUUCUAACCAAGAGGGAGGUGAAGGUUGUUGCCAUGGAGAUCAAGGUCAUCAUCCUGACAAGGAACUUCAGAGUCUAAACUUGAACCUUGACGGCUACGUGCAACGAAGCUUGCCUGACGGGACUUCUGUCACAAAAAUGCCUGACAAUGUCAGCCCAACCUUUGCGCCAUACACACCACAUUAAUUCAGUAAGAUUAUCUAUCUGCUGGCAUGCAUGGAUCUGGCCCAGUGGCUCAACCUCAAGUGACUCUGGAUAAGAUAGUCAUGAGUUUGAGUUCUGUCUGUUUACGCAGGCCCACCUUGCAUUCUACAGGUUGCAGUCAUGAGACUCAUUGUAAAUUUAAAAAUUGCAUAUUAAUCAAAACACAAGCUACAAUGUAAAUGACUGUAGUGAACCUAGCUUGUACUAGUAAGUAAAAUAUGCUGGUUAGUGUUUAGCAUGCUGGCAUCAUUUAGGAAAUAUGCAUACUAAAGAUACAGAAUCAUAAUACUUUUAUUGGAAUCCUAAAUGUCCAGACAGCGUACAUGGUUCAAUGUAUUUUAAGGCUUUUAGAGAAUUAUGGAAAAUAUGCUGCAUUGCUCACUGUUCUCAGCUAAUUUUAGAUCAAACAUAUUAAAAAUAUUUUGAUAUCUUUA